GUCGCCCUCCCGCUGGCCUCGGCCUCGCCAUGACGCUGGACGUGGGUCCGGAGGAUGAGCUGCCCGACUGGGCCGCGGCCAAGGAGUUCUACCAGAAAUACGACCCCAAGGACGUCAUUGGCAGGGGGGUGAGCUCCGUGGUGCGGCGCUGCGUCCACCGGCCCACGGGCCAGGAGUUCGCCGUGAAGAUCAUGGAGGUGACGGCGGAGCGGCUCAGCCCCCAGCAGUUGGAGGAGGUGCUGGGGGCCACCCGCAGAGAGACCCACAUCCUGCGCCAGGUCGCUGGCCACCCCCACAUCAUCACCCUCAUCGAUUCCUAUGAGUCUUCGACCUUCAUGUUCCUGGUGUUUGACCUCAUGCGCCGCGGAGAGCUGUUUGACUACCUCACCGAGAAGGUCACGCUGACGGAAAAAGAGACCAGAUCGAUCAUGCGGGCCGUGCUGGAAGCCGUGCGAUUCCUUCACACCAACGACAUCGUGCAUCGCGACCUGAAGCCUGAGAAUAUCCUCCUCGAUGAGGAGCUGCGGGUCCGCCUGUCCGACUUCGGCUUCUCCUGUCACCUGCAGCCUGGGGAAAAGCUGCGAGAGCUAUGCGGAACGCCGGGAUACCUGGCUCCCGAGAUCCUCAAGUGUUCUAUGGAUGAGACUCACCCUGGUUAUGGCAAGGAAGUUGAUCUCUGGGCCUGUGGGGUGAUCCUGUUCACCCUCUUAGCUGGCUCUCCUCCGUUCUGGCACCGUCGCCAGAUGCUGAUGCUGCGGAUGAUCAUGGAGGGCCAGUUCCGCUUCAGCUCACCCGAGUGGGAUGACCGUUCAGCCACCGUCAAGGAUCUGAUUUCGCGGCUCCUGCGGGUGGAGCCUGCGGAGCGGCUGACGGCAGAGCAGGCCCUGCAGCACCCCUUCUUCCAACGCUGUGACGGCAGCCAGACGCAGAGCCUCAGCCCCCUCCAGCGCUUCAGGGUGGCCGUUUGGGCCGUGCUGGCGGUGGGCCGCGUGACUCAGGGUGGCUACCGCCGGGCCCGGCCCUUGACGAAGGCGGCCCUGCUGCGGGACCCGUACGGGCUGCGGCCAGUCCGCCGCCUCAUCGAUGGCUGCGCCUUCCGCCUCUACGGGCACUGGGUGAAGAAGGGCGAACAGCAGAACCGGGCCGCCCUCUUCCAGCACCGGCCCCCGGGGCCCCUCCCCGGCUCCGGGCCCGACGAGGCCGAGGGGGACGUGGUCCGCGCUACCGCCGACGCGCUGCUGUUGCUCGGCUGAGACGGCUCUUCCCCCCACCCCGGCCUCGGCCGACCCGUCUCCAGGGGCCAAAUCCGGAGGACCGAGCCCCUUCUCCCCUCCGUUUCCGGGCAGCAGGAGGGUCGUUUCCCUGUCCUUGCCGUCUGUUGUGUGUCUAAUAAAUGGUUCUGCGCCGUGGAGCGGCGAGCA